AUGAAUGCAGAAGGUGGUGAACAGUCAGAUCGAGAUUUACCAGACCCGGAUCUCGACCGACAUCCAGAUGAUGAUGACUUUCAAGAGGCAAACCGAUUCCGUACAAACUUAAAUUUGGCAAUUGGAGGCCUCCAUGCCUUAGCACAGUAUAUGCCUGGAGGUGAUGCAUCCCGGUCUUCCCGGAAAAGAAAGAGAGGCCCACAGCCAACUCUUGUAUCCAAUACAUGGUACUGCAUGCCUGAGGGAUCAUGUCUUCCUAAUCUUAAAAGGAUUGACUCAUGCCCUGUAUACCGUGCCCACAAAGAGGCAGGCUAUGGUUACCCAUCAUCUUGUAUUGGAGAUGGCGGGAAAGUGGCCAAAGUGAAACUGCCCAUCGACAUGACAGCUGCAGCCUUCAGGGGACGUGUCCAUGAACUCUUCCCAAUUUUGAGAGGGGGUGAUUUUCUCACCUUUCGAUUGGAUAGGCAGAGGAACCUGAUCCCCUUAGAAAUCGAAAAUCCGAAAGAGCUAAAACAAUCUGGCUACAAAAGCAAUGUAUACGUCAAGCCAGUUCCGGAAAGGACUUAUACUCCACCAAGCCCUUCUCGUGAUGGCCAGGGGAGAAUGCAUGAUGAUACACAACCGGAAGGAGAGGGUGUGCCAGGUUCCCAACUGAACACUCGCAGUACAGUACAAAGAGGAAGGCUGAAUAGAGAUCAACUGAACAAUGCGCAACCAGAAAGUCCAGAAAUUGAGGUUUUGCCCAGUACCUCCACUUCAAGAUCGUCUCGAAAUAGACCCAGACCCAGAAAUCGACCGAGACAACAAACCAUACCGACUCCGCCUGAGCAUGGCGCUGUUGAACUGGAUGAAGAGGUUUUGCCCAGUACCUCCACUUCAAGAUCGUCUCGAAAUAGACCCAGAAAUCGACCGAGACAACAAACCAUACCGACUCCGCCUGAGCAUGGCGCUGUAGAACUGGAUGAAGAGGUUUUGCCCAGUACCUCCACUUCAAGAUUGUCUCGAAAUCGACCCAGACCACAAACCACACCGACUCCGCCUGAGCAUGGCGCUGUAGAACUGGAUGAAGAGGUUUUGCCCAGUACCUCCACUUCAAGAUUGUCUCGAAAUAGACCCAGACCCAGAAAUCGACCCAGACCACAAACCACACCGACUCCGCCUGAGCAUGGCGCUGUAGAACUGGAUGAAGAGGUGUUGCCUAGUUCGUUUGACUCACUGAGCACAUCUGGGGUGGUCCAAAGGAGGAGGCUCGUACCAGUUCAAGGAAAUGAUUUGGAACCAGAAGCAGAGACUCCCAACACCAGGAUAAAUGGUAAUUCAGCUUUACGAUUAGAGCAAGAUAUUGCCUUCCAUUCAUCACUUAUGGCAGAUCAGCAAAGAGCUGCCGACAGACAACAGGAAAGAGAGCUCAGGCAGAGAAGAAGGGAGAGAAGAGAAGAGCUUAUGAAAAAAAACCUGGAGGAAAUAGGGGAGGAACCAUUAGAUGGCCGACCAAUAAUAUUCCGCCUCCCAGAUGGCACCCGAGUAACAAGGAAAUUUGAUGAGAAUGCUGCCAUGAGGGUAUGUAGUUAUGUGAUGAAAAUAUUUCUUUCAGUACCUUUUGUAGGUGGUGCCAGAGGUAUAAUAUUUUGGGGAUGUCCUGCUCGACUGUCCUGUCCUACUUACGUUUCAAGAACCAUGUGA